AUGAAUCGCAAGAUUAUUGGAUUAGAAGAGGGAUUGGGUUAUAUGCAGGAUGGGAUCACAAAGAUUGAGAGGAUUUUGGAAGGUCGGCCAGAGCCGCCAUUUAACUCAGAAGAAUACAUGAAGCUUUACACGACUAUCUACAACAUGUGUCUUCAAACGCCUCCUGAUGAUCAUACUCAGCAGCUUUACGACAAGUACCGACAGGCAAUACAAGGGUAUAUUACGUCGACGGUAUUGCCAUCUAUAAGAGCGAAGCACGAUGAGUUCAUGCUGAAGGAGCUUGUUAAGAGAUGGGCCAACCAUAAAGUAAUGCUCAGGUGGCUAUCACACCUCUUCUAUUACCUUGAUCGCCACUUGAUUGCCUGUCGAUCACUUCCUUCUCUUAAAGAAGUUGGGCUGCUCUACUUCCGUGAUCUGGUAUAUCGGGACGUGCAUGUCAAAGUCAGAGAUGCUGUAAUUACUCUUAUUGAUAAAGAACGUGAGGGAGAGCAGGUAGACCGAGCGUUAUUGAAGAAUGUGUUGGAUUUUUUUGUUGAGAUUGGGAUGGGACAGAUGAACCGUUAUGAAGAAGAUUUUGAAGCACACAUGCUUCAGGACACUGGUGCUUACUAUUCACGUAAGGCAUCAAACUGGAUUCUGGAAGAUUCUUGUCCAGAUUACAUGUUGAAGUCUGAAGAGUGCUUGAAGAAGGAAAGGGACAGAGUGGGUCAUUACCUGCAUUCAAGUAGUGAGACAAAAUUGUCAGAGAGAGCGCAACAUGAGUUGUUGGUGACGCAUGUUAAUCAGCUACUUGAUAAGGAGCAUUCUGGAUGCAGGGUCUUGCUUAGAGAUGACAAGGUGGAGGAUCUUUCCAGGAUGUACAGGCUUUAUAGUAAAAUACCUCUAGGCUUGAAACUUGUUGCUGAUAUAUUCAAGCAGCAUAUUACUGCUGAGGGUAUAGCUUUGGUUCAACAGGCGGAAGAUGCUGCAAGUAGCAAAGCCUCAAAUGCUGCAGCUGGUGUGCAGGAACAGGUCCUUAUCAGGAAAAUAAUCGAGCUGCACGACAAGUAUGUGGAGUAUGUGACUGAUUGUUUUGAAAACCAUGCUCUGUUCCACAAGGCCUUGGAAGAGGCUUUCGAGGUAGUUUGCAACGAAACUGUUGCUGGCAGCUCAAGUGCGGAGCUUUUGACAACUUUCUGUGAUAAUGUCCUCAAGAAGAGUGGAAGUGAGAAAUUAAGUGAUGAAGCCAUUGAAGAAACACUUGAGAAGGUAGUUAAGCUGCUUGCCUAUAUCAGUGAUAAAGACCUCUUUGCCGAAUUCUACAGAAAGAGGCUUGCUCGGCGUCUGCUUUUUGACCGCAGUGCUAAUGACGAUCGCGAAAGGAGUAUUCUGACUAAGCUAAAGCAGCAACGUGGUGGACAGUUCACUUCGAAGAUGGAGGGCAUGGUCACAGAUUUGACAUUGGCAAGAGAAAACCAGGCCAACUUUGAGGACUAUCUUAGGAGUAACUCAGCUGCACGUCCUGGGAUUGAUUUAACAGUUACUGUUCUUACCACAGGAUUCUGGCCAAGUUACAAAUCAUCUGAUCUCAAUCUCCCUGCUGAGAUGGUCAAGUGCGUAGAAGUUUUCAAAGGGUUUUAUGAAACAAAAACAAAACACAGAAAGCUGACAUGGAUAUACUCACUGGGAACCUGCCACAUUAGUGGCAAGUUCGAGCAGAAAACUAUUGAACUGAUUGUCUCAACUUACCAGGCUGCUGUCCUCCUGCUUUUCAAUGCUUCUGAUCGUCUGAGCUAUUCUGAGAUCAUGGCUCAGUUGAACUUGACCCAUGAUGACUUGGUCAGAUUACUACAUUCGCUGUCAUGUGCCAAGUACCAGAUUCUAAGUAAAGAGCCGAACACAAAAACCAUCUCCCAAAGUGACUACUUUAAGUUCAACUCUAAGUUCACGGACAAGCUGAGGAGGAUUAAGAUCCCUCUCCCUCCGGUGGAUGAAAGGAAGCAAGUUGUGGAUGAUGUCGGUAAACAACGGCGUUACGCUAUCGAUGCUGCAAUUGUGCGCGUAAUGAAGAGUCGGAAAGUUCUGGGCUACCAACAGUUAGUCUCAGAGUGUGUUGAGCAGUUGAGUCGGAUGUUCAAGCCUGACAUUAAAGCCAUCAAGAAGCAGAUUGAAGACCUCAUCACACGAGAAUAUCUGGAGAGAGACAAGGAGAACGCAAACAUGUUUAAGUACUUAGCCUAA